AUGCCGAGAAGCUCGAUAACAUCAUCGACAUCAUCGCAGCAUCGUUUGCCCGUGAAUCAAAGGCGGCGAAAGGUCCUACCAGAAAAUAGAAAGCGUGUAGCGACGGCAUGCAACAGCUGCAAUGUGAGAAGAAUCAAAUGCUCGGGUGAACGGCCGUGCCUGCAAUGCCGGAAUGCGUCCCGGGAAUGUCGAUAUCCGAUUUCCAUUGAGAAAAUUUCUGUACCCAGGGCAGAGCUGGAACAGCUCAAGUCCAAGUGCAUACAACUGGAGGCAUGCCUGGAAAACGCCGUCCCCGACGAGAACAAGCGGCGGUAUCUCCUGACCCAAGUGACACAAAGCCCCGCGGACACGGGGGCAGAUAACGCAGCAAGCCCAGAGGCGAGAGACAACCUGGAUGAGGAAGAGGGUGGACGUUUGCUGCAAGAUGCGGACGGUGCGUUGAGGUAUUUUGGUCCGAUAUCCAGCACACUAUUCUUGGACUCUCUCAAAAGAUUCUUUGCGAUUACUUUGCCCGCCUUCAUUCCAUUUUCGAUGGAUACCUCGAGCAUGAUCUCUUCAGGUCCACAGGGAAGAUGUGGCAUGCAAGAUACAUGUGCACCCAACGUCCAGAACGUUGAUCCAUUCUGGCAUCCAUCGAAGACGGACAUGACUCUGAUGUUGGCGCGGCUGCAAUAUACUUUUCAGGACGGAUGCGGUGAUUUUGCGUCGGGAGGCAUCUAUUACUGGAAUGACCUUGACGUGACAUUCUUCAACAAGAAGAAAACAGAGAUUUCGAAUGAUGCGCAGUCUAUACGAGAGCUCUCGCUUUUGCACGCCGCGUUCGCCAUGGCCACUCUUCUGGACUCUCCCACCGGCGACAGAAGAAAUAGUGUGCGGCGCAGCGAGACCUUCUUCGCCAGAGCUCGAAUGCUUUUGGGUAAUCCUUUGAACACGACACUUCGCAAUAUCUUGGACAUACCCAUUUUGUCAAUGAUGGUAAUGUACUUGAUCGAGAUUGGUCGAAGAGACACUGCAUACAUGUACGUGAGUGUAGGAUUACAAAUUGCCGUCAUGUAUGGUGUGCACAGAGGCUGGGUCAACGAUGAAUCUUGCAAGCGCUCGUUCUGGACUCUCUAUGUGCUUGAUCGAUGUCUCAGCGUGCUUGACGGGAGGCCACCGUCGAUAUCGGAUGAUGCAAUCCAGCUUUUGCCUCCUCUUGAUGUCUCUGGUCUUCCACCCGCGAUGGGCCUUAGAGCCCAUAUUGAGCUUGCGAGAAUCGCUGGCUACAUAGUCUGUAACACUUACCAAGUAUCACCAUGGGAUCAUUGCACGACGAGCAAUGAAGCUCGAGUUGAGAAGACACUGGGCCUGCUUUCGAACUGGAAAAAUAGGCUGCCGGCUGAGUUGCAGAUAGAUGGUAGCUUGUGCCAUGAUAGAGCCUGCUACCAACUACAUAUGGAGUACAAUCAGUUGUUGAUGUUAACGGUGCGACCGGUCCUCUUUGAAGCAGUCAAAAGAGCUGUCCGACAACAAUUCGGAGACGAGCCAUCGAACCCAAAUGACGAAUGUCGCAUAGAUUUCAUCAGAAUUUGCAGUCAAGCCGCAUGUCAGACUUUGAAGUUGGCAAAAGACAUUCGCGAUAUGUGUCAAUGUCCACAGCCGUCACUGCAAAUGCUGCAUCAUAUAUUCGACGCGGCUGUGAUCCUGAUUCUCGACCAAGUACUCGACAUUCGCACCCAGAGCACAAGUCAUUGGGCAGAAAUCGCAUUCGCUAUCGAGUGUUUCGACACCGAGGACCGGGUAAACAACCCAUGCCAGCAGAAUCCCGUACAGCUGCUCCGAAACUUGCAAGCUCUUGUUGAAAGUUUGCGCAAUCAUAAGUCGAGUGAGUCGUCAUGGAAUGGCAGUCGUACUUCUUCGGUUCCUCCAAUAGACACCCAGUCAUUGGCCAACACAUCAUACCACGUGGGCUUCAUCUUGAAUCCGAGUAAUGCUCCGACAAAUCCAAUGCUGUCUUCAACAAGCGACGUCCUUAUUAGUCAGUUAGCCUCUUGGACUGCGUUUGACGGGGCGCAGGACUACAGGAGCUACCCACUGCGAUAA